AUGUUCAGACUGUCGCCACACGCCGGCAUUAUCGCCCGAUGCUUUGCUCGUUCUCACCUCCAUGCGCGGGCGUUCUGUGCAGAUGCUCAGUCGCCAGAACCAGAAGCACCAACUCCGAUCCCGCAGCCCGUGCAGCCAGUCUUGUGGGGCACCAGCAUGAAGGCUUUAGUGAAGAACGCGCGUGCAGAGGGCUUGAUGCUGACCAAUGUGCCAAAGCCGGCGAUUGGUCCCAAUGACGUCCUCAUAGAAGUCUCAAAGACUGCAAUUUGUGGAACAGAUGUACACAUUUACGACUGGAAUGACUGGGCAAAGCGAACCAUCCCUACACCAAUGGUGGUGGGCCAUGAGUACUGCGGAGUGAUCAAAGAAAUGGGCUCUGAGGUAAAGGGCCUGAAGAUUGGCGCCCGCGUGACCGGGGAGGGCCACAUCACGUGUGGCUUCUGCCGGAACUGCCGGGCGGGGCGUCGCCACCUUUGUCGGGAGACGGUGGGGGUCGGGGUGAACCGCCCCGGCGCCUUCGCGGAAUACCUCUGCCUCCCAGCCAUCAAUGUCUUCCAGCUAAGCCAAGGUGUGUCUGACGAGGUCGCGAGCUUCAUGGAUGCUCUGGGCAACGCCACCCAUACGGCGCUGGGCUUUGACCUGGUGGGCGAGGACGUCCUCAUCACCGGGGCUGGGCCCAUCGGUGUCAUGGCGGUGGCCAUUUGCCGGCAUGUGGGCGCGCGCCACAUCGUUGUCACUGACAUCAACGAGUUCCGUUUGGACCUGGCCUUGAAAUGCGGAGCCUCCCGGGUGCUCAAUGUUAGCAACGGCAACGCCACAGAGAAAUUGAGGCAACUGAUGGGAGAGCUGAAGAUGAGCGAGGGCUUUGACGUGGGUUUGGAGAUGUCUGGAGUUCCCAGUGCAGUACAUUCCAUGCUAGAGACACUGAAUGUUGGGGCCUCUGUUGGUCUGCUGGGAAUUCCCUCUAAGCCCUUCGAGAUCAACUGGGAUCUCGUGAUUUUCAAGGGCCUCAUCAUCAAGGGCAUCUAUGGCCGGGAGAUGUUCGAGACCUGGUACAAGAUGCAAAGCAUGCUGGUCGGCGGACUUCAGGACAAGAUCAUGCCUGUCAUCACUCACAGGUUUGACGUGGAGAGAUACGAGGAGGGCUUUUCAGCGAUGCUGUCGGGGCAAGCUGGCAAGGUUGUGCUUGGCUGGAAGUGA